UCCCUUUGGGUGGGAAUACGGAAGUAAGGCACGUGAGCGAAAAAAUAGAGGAAAGGAAAACUGUUAGGGAAGUACCUAAUGUACUGGCCAAGGAUUUGAAAGAACCCAAUUGCGCUAACAAGCGGCGAUGUUAAGUUUGUCGAAAGCCUUUCAUCUUGACAAUUCUGCUUUUCCUAACAGGCUUGUCAUCUCUCGCUCGUCCAAGUCUCCUGCCUGUUUGAUUGCCCUCACAUUCAUAUGCAUCAUUUCAACCUACGAGAGCGUGAAUGGAGAUGUGCCAAGCGACACGGGAAAUGCAACACUGUCGUUAGUGCAGAUUUUGUUUCGCCAUGGUGAUCGGGCCCCCCUGGGAAUCUACCCCAGAGACAAGUACAAGGAAAACUCCUGGCCAGUGGCAUGGGGGAUGCUGACGGACAUAGGAGCAGACCAAUCUUUUCUCUUGGGCCGCUUCUUGAGGGACCACUAUAAAGAGCUGAAUGUUGGAUCUCUGACAGAUUCUCAGGUGUAUGUGCGUAGCACAUCCGUCCUGCGAGCUCGGAUGACGGCAGAGUGUGUAAUGGCGGGGAUACUACUGGCCAAUGUGAGCAAGUGUGACUUGAAGAAAGUGCUGCAGCCAAUCAAAGUGCAUUAUAAAGAUGAAAAACACGAUCAGCUGUUGUCCAUGGCACCGUGUCCCCUUCAGGCGAGACUUAAACAGGAAUGGAGGAGUAAAUCCACUGCAUGGGGAAGGUUUCUCAAGAGCUGUGAGAAGUUGUUCAUGUACCUCAGUAAGUUCACUGGAUGGAAGGUUGACGUGACCAACAUACUGAGGAUAGCUGAUACAGUGUACUGUGAGAUUCACCAUAACCUCACACAGCCUCAAUGGAUGUUGCCGGAGGUUUCACCACUUAUGAAUGUUUUCAAUGAGUCCUCAUCCUUCGCUUACCCAACAUCAGAGGUGCAGAAAUUAGGUGCAGGUCCUCUAGUUGAGAAGAUGCUGUCAAACAUUAUGCAGAAGAUGAAAAAGCCUCGCAGUCAGAUGAAACUGUUUGUGUACUCAGCACAUGACUCCAACGUCAUAGCUUUUCUGUCAGCGCUUAGAGUGUUCAACACCAUCCAGCCGCCCUAUACCGCCUGCGUGAUUCUGGAGUUAUAUCAGAUGAAGCAGAUGUACUUUGUUAAAGUCCUGUACAGAAAUGACACAACAAGACUCCCCUACACAUUAAAAAUACCAGGUUGUGCCACACUAUGUCCUGUUGCCACUCUCAACCGACUGUUGAGUAAUGUGACAUUAGAGGCCGAGUCUCGAGGUUCAGUGUGUGGCUCCAGCAAUGCUGUGUUUGGAUCCACCAAGCCUGAAAACAAUGUAAUACCACUGGUAGCUGCAGGCAUCCUCAGCCUCAUCCCGGUUGUUGCUGUUGCACUAUUUGUCUUCAACCGAUACUGCCGCAGGCCCAACAAGCAUGUCACCAGCUAUCGCCAGCUCCUUAAUUCUGAGACCUACCCACUCGACAGUGACGAAGAUGAACUUCUGUCCUGAUGCACAUAAACGCAACAUUUUUUUAUUGGUUUGGUAUGAUAGAGACUCAGUUGCAUUGAUAUGGGUAAAACAAUCUCACUUGUUAGUGAUAUUUUGUUUACAAAAUGUCAUUGUUUUUUACCAUUCCAAUUAAGAUCGUGUUUAUAGUUUCUGCAGUUAAACAUACUUACAAGGUAUGCAGAACUGCAAUACGAAAUAUACCUAUAUUGAAGACGCUGAUGGUAUCAGUGGUGGCAACACAUUGAUAACAAGUUAAAAUGUCACUAGUAAUUAUUGCUGCCAUCAAUGUUACAGCUCGGACAAUCACCAUCUCUGGUGCUCUUCCAUUCAUUUUCAUCCCACGCAUGAAAAAUCAAAUUACUAUUUCGGAAAGGUUUGUUACCUGACUGACUGACUGAGAAGGUGAAAAGUUCAUGGAAGUAAACAAGUGGACAAGAAUUGUUUUUGAAACGGUUAUCUGCAAAAUAAUUUCAGUAAUGAAGAAUACUUCAGAUUCAUCUGCUUGAAAAACAGGAUGUUUCAAAAAUACAGUAUACUACGUUUAUGACGAACAUGGUUAUAACAAACUGAUGGAUGUAAGGAACUUACUUAUUGGUCCCGGUCGUUUACUUAUAUACUGUAUAUAUUAUGCUUAUAACUAACUACAGUUAUAACGAACUAAAUAUAGUGGUCCCUUUGAGUUCGUAUAACCGUAGUUCACUGUAUAAAAAUAUUACACGUUUGUGAAAUGUUUAGUUUGAAGAUCUGUCAAACACCAUUCUGUCAAAUUUGAUAGGGCCUACAUAAUUACUUCGGGUUAUCCAAUGUUUGACGUAACCAAAAAUGAUGAAUAAAGAAGAAAUACAUAGGGACCAAGUUUUUACUUUGCGACAACUGUAAAUACAACAGUGUUUGACUAUAUUUCACUGAUUUAAGACGGGCAUCAAAGCUUAAAGUGUGCUUACUUGUGUGCAGGUUACUUGUUUCCCUACCCUUCAUUCCUCAGUGGACUCGACCAAGGCAAGUGUUACUUGGGUGCAGGUUACUUGUUUCCUUACCCUUCAUUCCUCAGUGGACUCGACCAAGGCAAGUGUUACUUGUGUGCAGGUUACUUGUUUCCCUACCCUUCAUUCCUCAGUGGACUCGACCAAGGCAAGUGUUACUUGUGUGCAGGUUACUUGUUUCCCUACCCUUCAUUCCUCAGUGGACUCGACCAAGGCAAGUGUUACUUGUGUGCAGGUUACUUGCUUCCCUACCCUUCAUUCCUCAGUGGACUCGACCAAGGCAAGUGUUACUUGUGUGCAGGUUACUUGUUUCCCUACCCUUCAUUCCUCAGUGGACUCGACCAAGGCAAGUGUUACUUGUGUGCAGGUUACUUGUUUCCCUACCCUUCAUUCCUCAGUGGACUCGACCAAGGCAAGUGUU